AUGCGCGCACCAGACAUUCUCUUCUCCCUCGCAGCCGCCGGCAUCGUUGCUGGCUCACCUCUGGACUUCCAAGAGCGUGCUGCCAACACGUGUACAAUCAAAAGUAUUCAGUCUGUCGUAACCAAACUGAGUCCUUCCGUGGCCACUCCCUACUGCCAGUCUCUUCUCAAGAUUUCGACGCAGACUGUAAUCAAGACCGUCAAACCCGCCUCCCCUUCGAAACGUGUCGUGACAGCGACUGUGUCCAACAAAGUCACGUCUGUCAAGACAGUUACCAAGAACGUUACAGCUACGACAUCGAGCUCGUUCAAUGCAUCAGACACAAGGAUCAAAAAGAGUACAAGCACAUCCAGCAACAGAAGUAGCCCUACAGCAGCUUCGCAAUCUUCGACCUCAUCGCGACCUUUUGUGAAACCCUCCAAAGUCAGCAACCCAUUUUCAUCGAGCACAAUCAAAUCGAGUUCAUCAAGCAGUGUCCGCUCGACCUCGACAUCACUUUCUAGCAGCAGCAGUAGCAGCAUCAGAAGCUCUACAGUGAGCUCGUCAAGCAGUACUCGACCUACUUCUACGCUAUCUUCCAGCAACAUCAAAACUUCUACAUUGGGCUCAUCAAGCAAUGCUCGCUCAACUUCGACAUCACUUUCAAGCAGCAUCAGAAGUUCUACGUCAAGCUCGUCGAGCAGUAUCCGUUCCACUUCGUCUUCAUUGGCCAGCAAGCCGACCACAAGCUCUUCAGGCACCAAGUCUAUGUCUAGCUCAAGCACCAAGUCUAUGUCUAGCUCAAGCACCAAGUCUACGUCUAGCUCAAGCAUCAAGUCAAUGCCUAGCUCAAGCACCAAGUCGAUAUCUAGCUCGAGCAGUUCAUCUGGAGGAAGCUCGCGCACCAAUGCCAUCAUGGCCACGGUCCCGGAUUCUGUCUCUACAUCGGAGAAUGCUUCAACGUCUGCAUUCGAGACUGCUUCAAGCUCAUCAAGCACCUCGUUCUCGUCCUCGUCCGCUGUCUCAGCGUCAGCGACGAGCAGCAGUAGCGGAUCACCUUCGUCCGUUUCUUCAGCUAAUGCCACUGCCUCGACAAACGGGACCUUCUUUGCGAACCAGACAUCUGUACGCACCGGAUCAUCCACAGGAUUUGCCGAUCUCUCGUCGAGCUCAGCAAGGGCAAGCUCAGGGAUGAGGAAGCGUGAUUUGGAAGAGCGCGCGAAUGCGGCGACUUCGAACAAGAGAACGACCGCGAAGAAGACGACAAGCGUCAAGAAGGCGACAUCAACGAGCAAACCCAGCACCAUCAAGAGUCAGCAAAUCGUCAAGAAGGCUACCAGUAGCCAAAAACCAUCGAGCACAAAGAAAGCCAGCACAAGCAUCAAGCCGAGCAGCAUCAAGAAGGUAGUGACUAGUAGCAAGAAAGCCAGUACUACGUCGAAGCCUGUGUCUACAUCAAAGACACCGAGUGUGCCCAUCAACAAGGGUCAGCCUGCGCAGUUCAAUGGGCUCAACAACGCACAGCAAUCAAGCAUCUGUAGCUGCUUGCAUGUGCCUACUUCAACAGUAACCAGAAGCAUCUUUGUGGACACGUUCACCACUGUCACGUCGACGGUAACGGCUGUACAGACUCUUGUCAGUUCAAAGACGACAACAGCAUACCACACUACGACUGCAACGCCCAAUCUCUUCUACUUGCAAGUUUCGAGCAAGAGCAAGACAUCGAUCGACGGAAAGUUCGCGACGCUGCCUGGAGGAGACGAACUUCUCGGAUUCACGGCAAGCAAAGCAGGAGGCAGCGAAUUCUUCUUUGGCUCGGGCGAUCUGCUCGUGGAGUCACGAUCGAACUGGCUGGCCAAUGUCGAGGAGGGAGAUUGGGCGACGUCGUUCUGGAUGAAUUCGGUCGAUCGCAUGUACCAGGUGAAUGCGGUACCACUGGCCUGUCGCAACUAA